AUGACGUGUGUGGAUUCCCUGGACAGCCGGGAAGAGGAGCGAUCCUUGAGGGGGAAGAACAGUGGCAGCAACGCUGGGACGCUGGACGAGCUAAAUUUCUCCCACAUCUUCGACUACAAUGCGAUCGAGCAAAUCGCCAAUGGGCUGGAGAAGAUGGUCCAGUCCUGGAGCACUGCCCAGGAGGAGCGCGCACAGGAGUAUGUCCGGGUCUCGGUUUCGCUGGAAGACGAUGACUCCUCCACGAAGAAAAUCCCGGAAGCUCUCGACUUAAACUCGCUCAAGAACAUAGACGAGUAUGUGGAGGUCGCCCCGCCGCCAAUGUCCGCCAGUGCUACUACCGCGACGAUCAAGCCAUCUUCCAAGAAUUUCUCGAGGAUUUCUCCGGCCGAGAAGAAGCUUUCUUCUUCCACGGCGAAAGCUUCCAGCUGGGAGAAGGAAAAAUCCGACUUUGUUCCUCUAUCUGACAGGAAGGUUUCGCCACAGCCACCAAAGGCCGCGCCUUCUCCAGGACAGAGGUUUGGAGCUGGGAUCACGAACAGGAUCUCUGGCGGCUUCCAAAAGCCUGCCUCGCCAUUCGAGAAGGAGAAUAGCAGCGCUAGACCAGACUUUCUAAGCUCCAUUCGCGGCGUGAACAAGCAAAAGGUGGUGGAACAGGAAAAUGGUCGAUAUACUCCGAGGAAGAGCUCUCCCGAGGUGGCAACUUCUACAGCCAGUUCUCCGACCAGGCCUGAAGCUGGCCCGAGGAGGAACUUCCAGUGCCAGCUUCACAGGGAUGCGAGCAAUUCUCCUAACAGGGUUGAAAUGAGCCCGAGGAGGAACUUCCCGAGCCAACUUCACAGGGAAGUAAGCACUGCAAGCAGUUCUCCAAACCGGUCUGAAGUGAGCCCGAGGAGGAACUUCGCGAGCCAACUUCACAGGGAAGCAAGCACUGCAAGGAGUUCUCCAAGCCGGUGUGAAGUGAGGGACUUCCCGAGCCCGCUUCACAGGGAAGUGAGCACUGGGAGUAUUUCUCCAAACAGGUCUGAAGUUAUAAGCCCGAGGAGGAACUUCCCGUGCCAACUUCACAGGGAAGUGAGCCCGAGGAGGAACUUGUCGUGCCAAGUUCACGGUAGAGAACCAAGUCCUCCAAAAAGAGUCCCUCUGGAAUCCAGUUUCGCGAGCUAUGCGCAGCAGCACCAGAACGUAGACACUACUCCGAAGAGCUUCGUCAGUCUCAGCCCCGAGAGGAGCUUCGUCCAACCGAGCAAUGGUUUCGAGACUUACAGUGACGCGGUGGAGAUGCAAAAGGUGUACAUCGAUGUGGCUACAAACUUGGAGAGAGCUUUCUCUCAAAAAGAAUGUAGUGCCAGGGACGCGAAUGCUGGUGACAAUUCUGCGACAACGACGAAGCUUUUCCAAGAUUGUAGCAAGGUAACAUCUAGUCCAGCGCAGAAGAAUGAAACGAGUAUCUGGUUGCAAGAUCCGGGAGAGCAUCCGAUGGAAGUCAGGUCCUCCAAAGAGUACGUCAGCUCACUCAACAGGAGCUUUUCAAGAGAGCUACCAUCACAAAAUGACACCUUGCUCGUGGGCAUCCAGAAAGAUUUUGCUAGAGCAGCUGCCACUCUCGAGAGAAACGGUCCCGAAAGCGCAGCGGAAAUAUCAUCUGUCCGGGAGUCUCUGGAACUUCAAAACUCGUCGACACUUCUCUCGACACGGCAGAGCGUCCCCGAGGAGAGGAGCAGUAGGAACACCAUCAACUUGAACGAGUCCGAGAGAUUUACGAUUGAAGACGUUCCUGAGUUCCAAGGGGAUUUCAGUGGAAAGUAUUCGGCAAGAAGCAGUCCUACAAAGCAGGAUGCCGAGCCGGAGCAACCACAGCAUUGCAAGAAGGAAGAACAAGCCGACGAUACUUUCAUCACCUCCUCGAGUUACUGGCGUGUUGAGCCCGAGGCUCUGAACGCCGAGGUGGGACAAAGAGAUGAAACCAGCGAGAAACAGCAGCCAAGGUCGCAAGAGUGCUCAUAUGUGAACGAGGCGUUGUACGAAAAGGGCAACUUCACAGCUGAGAGACCUUUGAAAAGAAAAAAGGAGACUUUGGAGGUGGUGCGAAAUGCCGCAGGCUACGAGUCCGAGUUUGAGAUGCAUGAAUCUGCCGAUUUCCCGUUCUUGAUGGACAAUGGCCACCCCGCUAUAAGUGAAACCAUUUUCAUCGCCGAGGAUUGUUUUGAGCCUGUGCCGACCAGACAAUUCCCCACAUUUGUUAACGUCCCGGCACCGAUUGAGCUGGAUUUUGACGAAUCGAAAGAAGCGUACAAGAGCAAAGUCGAGGAGCUUCAAAUCGCUUUGCUAGAGUGUGCUGCAGAGUACGAAGUAAAGAUGGUUGAAAUGGAAAUGAAAAUGCUGCAAAUGAAGUCCAAGUGCCAGGGCCUGGAACAAGAGUUACCGCAGUCGACAGGAAAGUCGGAGAAGGAAUGGACUACGAAAAGGCUAGAAAACUACCGGAAGCAAAAUCUUAAGCUGCAGCGGGAGAAGGAAAUCAUGUCCAGGGACAUGGUGGAGCUCAGAAAAAAGGAAAGGCAACUGGAUUUGUUACGGAAGAACUUGGAGGAUUCAUUGCAGAAAGUGAACUCUCUUCAAAGGGAGCUCGUGAAGAAGGAAGAGGAACUCGUUGAUAGCCAGCUCAAAGAGAAGGAAGCCAGGGCCCAUGUUUAUCAAGUGGAGGCCGCUUUGCAGCAAGCUGAAGCGUCGCAGAUCGACCAGGGCUGUGUUGUGAGCUUGGUCAUGGCGCUCAGCCAGUGGUUGCAAAACGUGAAAAAGCAGGCAGGCCUUGUCAAGUUUGAUCCUCGGCAUCAGCUCCAGAUCCAACAAUACGAAGACAGCCUCGCGAAGCUUUUGGACGAAUACACUCCUCCAAAGGCGAUACAGAACCUGAUGACGAGGUCCAAUCCCUCCCACGAAAUUCAAAACGCUGGUGGCGAUUUCAAGGGGAAUUUCUACCUGGAAGACGCUCCAGUAGCAAUUCCCCCAUCGCCACCACCGCCACCGCCGCCACAGCAGGAUUGUAGCAGCGUUUCUCCUCUUCGAGACAACAAGCGAGACAAAGAAGUCCAAGCUUUGCAAAACGAGCUCGAGAAACUGGCUUGCCGAAGAGCCACAUUUUAAAUGCAAAUGCGCGGGAGAUGA